AUGAACGCCUUUCCUCCAGUGCCGAUCAACCGCAUCAGAGGUGGUGGGUAUGUCACAGAUGUUGAUCCUUGGGGUCGAACAGUCGCGACCAACUUGCCACCCACUCAUGUCCUCCACUUCGAACUCGAACGGCUGAAUCAGAAGAUAAAGACCUUGGAGUCGGAAAAGGCUGAGAUACUCGAGACAACUGUAGAUCUGAAACGAAAAGUGGGAGAAUUGAGGACAAGAUUGCGCACGGAAGUGCCCGCCGAUACACGUCCUACAAAUACGUCGCUUUACCAAAGAAUUGACACCGCAAUCAGCACGGCAGAUGCAAACAUACUGAGAGCUAUACUGAGAGAAGUCUGCAGAGAAAGCGAGAAAGCUGCGAACAUUGCAGCAAGCAUCCUGCCAUCAGCAAUAUCUCCUGUCGAAGAGCGAUCAAACCUAAGCAAAGCAUCAUCUACUCGCACCACGAGCACACGAAGAACAUCGGUCAGAUUUCAGGAGCCUCCUACGUCCGCGAGCUCCGACCUUCCCAAAACCACACGCAGAACGUCUGCGAGGUAUCAGCCAGAAGCACCAUUCCACCCUGAACGAACCACAGACGAUGCAGAAACGAACGAGUACACGCGGAGAAGGCGGAAGGAGAAAGCAGCAGAGAGCGGCAGACAUGCUGAUGUCGUAGCAUCCGAGUUCACAACACCUCGACGAAGCAAGCGUCGUGCAGACGAGGCUGAAGAAGACGUGCUAGGAAGUCGAAAACGAAGAUUGACGGCCCCGCUCCUAUGCACGAACUGCAACAAGGAAUACAAUGCGUCUGAGAAUACGAGAGGCGUGUGCAGGAAACAUUCUGGGCAUAAAGAAGUAGAUCCUAACCGUGAUCAUGUUUGGUGUGAUUGGGAUGACUACGUUCAUGGCCGGCCAGAAUCAUAUAUUAACAACCCUGAAUAUGCUGAAGGAUUUGUCUGGUCUUGCUGUGGAGAGUAUUCGAAUGUCAAGAGGUGUACUACCUCCAAGCAUUCGAAUAAAUGA